CUUCAAGUUGAACGCACUAGUGUUAGUACUCGCUUCAAGGGGCUCAUAAGUAUCCGGACCUUGAUUUUCUGCUAAUACCACUAUCCUUCCAUCUCACUCUUGUCGAUGGCAUCGUACUAUGAGCUCAAGUUUCCUGUCAUGCCAGUACUUGGUGUCGUGGCUGCACUUACGGGCUUGACUUUAUUACGAUCUCGACGCAAGGAGACCACCCAUCCCUAUCCUCCAGGCCCUUCCGGCCUACCCAUCAUUGGCAGCGCCCUGAAGAUAGACUUUAACGCGCCGCACCUCACAUACACAGACUGGGCAAAUCAGUAUGGCGAAAUCGUCUAUUCCAGGAUACUGGGAGACGACGUGAUCUUGGUCAAUACCGAAAGAGCUGUCAGGGCUCUAUCGGAAGGUCAACGGUCUGCUAUAUAUGCAUCCCGUCCUCCGUUCCCAAUUAUCAAGCGGUUCGGUGUGGAUUUUCAUACUGCUACCACUCCUUACGGCUCAGAAUGGCGAGCACACAGAGCAAUUCUUCAGCAAGCUCUACGUGCUGGCUCUAUUCAGAAAUACCAAGAUCUUUUCAUGAGCAAGUCAUAUUCACUCGCGCUGAGCCUCCUGGACGGUGUAGCUCCUGAGGAUCUCGGUAAAUUUCUCAAGACGUUUGCUGCUUCUACAGCGCUCGUCGUAACAUAUGGGUACCAUGCAGAGCAGGGUGAUGCGGUCGUCAACGCAGCUCAAGACUUGGCCACAUCAGUGACCGGAAGAUUGUCGCCUGAGAAAGCUGCACUCAUACAGAAGGUCCCGUUCCUGGAAUACAUUCCAGGUUUCAUGAUCCGCACUUCGUACUGCAGGAAAUUGGCAGCAGCUGUCACGGACAUUCCCUAUGCGUUCCUCAACAAAGAGCUGGAACAAGGAACGGAAACACCUUCAGCGAUGGUUGAUGUUCUGAGUGGUCGCAAGGAUUCAAAGAGGUCUGACCUCACCUUGAAGAAUGCUGCUGCGACGAUCCACCUUGCUGCAACGGAGAACAACGCUGCUACCUUGCAAAUUUUCGUCUUGACCAUGUUCCUCUUUGGCGACAAACAACGCAAGGCUCAAGAGGAGAUCGAUCGUGUCGUCGGCGCUGACAGGCUGCCGACCUACGAGGACCGAGAUUCUCUCCCUUACAUCGAGGCCCUUAUCUGCGAAUCAUUGCGCUGGCAUCCCUCCGUACCGAUGGGUGUCCCUCACUACUUGACCGAGGACGAUGUAUUCGAAGGUCACUACAUACCCAAAGGGUCGAUCGUCAAGUUCAACGCAUGGGCAAUGUCGCGUGCAUGCGAAGAUCCUGAAACCUUUGAACCAGAGCGUCACCUCCUCCCAGAUGGAGAAGUAUCUCCCAAUUCUCGACUGGCCAGCAGCUUCAUGUACGGGAACUUCGGGUUCGGGAGACGCGCUUGUCCUGGGCGCGUCUACGCUGACAAUCUGUUGUGGGCUGCAGUCGUCCAGAUUCUGGCGACUGUGACUAUUUCCAGGCCUAGAGAUGCGAAUGGGAAAGAGAUUGAUUAUGUUCCCAAGUGGGAGGGUGGCUUGACUGCGUAAGCAUCGUUCGUCGCACCCAGGAUGAGCACUGACAAGCUUCCUCUACUUCUUCAGACAUCCCAAGCCGUUCCCCUAUGUCGUCACAUGUCGAUCGCCACAGCGGGAAGUCCUCCUUCGCGAACAGAUCAGCCCUUAGACCGCUGGCCAUGGUUUUCGCAGUAACAUUAGAUUUUAUUGGAUUUUUAUUAGAUCAGUGUAUUCUUGAAUUUGUUGUAUAAAUUGAGAAUGUAUGGAACCC